UGUUGGCGAUGCUGUCAGUACAUAUGGCUAACGCUGCGGUGCGGUACUUGCUCACAGAAUAAAGAGAUGUGGCAGCUCUGUGACAGCGUUAUGCUUUGCCAGGAGAAGUUUCAGAGGAAUGCAUAGCCACCACUUUACGGAAAAUUAAAAUACAAGGAGUCAUUCGGGGGCCAUGCGUUUUCGCCGACAGUUGGCAGGCAGGUAUUUUCCUACAGCCAGGCGUCGCGCUGGGAAAGCAUCAUUUCACUUGGCACAGCCGCUGGCUGCUUAUUUAGCAUGGAUGCUAGCUAACUAGACGCACGUUUGUGUUUGUGAGCAGGCACGGCAACAACACGCAGCGUUAGAGGGGUUUUCUGUUUCAUGAAUUGUGAUUACCCGUCUCAUGGGAGUGCACAGACGUCCCUCCAUAAGUGAAAAUCUCCAGACAGAAACUCUGAAGUGACUGGGAGGUGUUAGCUGACAUUUCCUUAACGAAAAGCGGGGACAGCUUGAUAUAUCUUUUUCAACUCGACAUUAAUGUGGCGUAUUUGAAAUGCUGCAUCCUUAAUCCUGCGUUUUGGCUUGCAGGCACGUAAAGAAACUUUGGGCAUAGCCUGUGAGGCGUGAAGGAUGUGGACCAGCUGCUCUGACAGAGGAUCUACCCAGGACUGUGUCACCUCCCCGGCCGUGUGUGGUUGUGGUCGGAGCAGAGCUGUGAACCCAGGCCGCCCUCCCACCUCCCUGCUCUCCUCACUAUGGGACUCCGAAGAUGCUUCUCUGUCCGACUGAGGACUGAACCGAGCCUCCACUGUACUGCACUGUAAACCUUUCAUGUGUGAGAGGCUGUCUGGGCCAGCAGUGACCAGUCAUGACAAGGCACAUAUACUGUCUGCCAACUCUUCAGUCAGAGGAAGUUUUUUGGAUGUGAACCCAGGCAGAAGUGUUGAACAUCCUCAUGUGCAGAAUGUGUUAAACCGCUGGUUCACAGGUGUUCUCACCUCUAGGACCCUUAACCCGUACAUGAUCAGUAGACGGACAUCUAUGGGAGAUUGUUACAGAGGACCUCAUCUCCACCUCUUGUGGAUUAUUGAGCGUGAUGUCAUCUGGGACAGACACCUGCAACCACAUCAGUCCACUGUGCUCAUAUUUAGUCAGAGGAAUCAGUCUUUUAAUACUUUUGCUUGGUUACCCACACCGGGGCCCGCUGGUGGUCCCUGGAGUCAACUUUGAGAGCCACUAGUUUACAUUGUCUCCUUAGAGUAUUUAGACAAAAGCGAAGUUUACCAAAAAUGUUCCUGUUUCUAUAACGAGAGAGAACUCUCUGGCCAUGCAUUAAAGACCCAACAGGAAGCCGACACAGUCACAGAGCCAUGCCUAUCAGCAAGAAAGACACAGCUCGAGCUUUGGGGCUUCUGGAGGAAUACUGCACUAAACUGAAGAAGCCUGAGGAGCAGCAGCUCAAAACUGCCAUCAACAGAGUGAUGGGGAUUUUUAAAACCAACCUGUUUGAAGCUCUUCUCGAUAUCCAGGAGUUCUAUGAAGUAACGCUGUUAAACACACAGAAGAGCUGUGAGCAAAAGCUGGAGGAGGUCAACCACAUGGCAGACAAGUGGGAAAAGAGCGUGUCUAUACCAAACUCUGCCUGUCCAGUGGAGGAGCAGAGGGAGCAGAACAGCUCAGAACCCAGUGGAGGAGAACAAAGAGAGAGCUUCAGCACCUCCGAGAACAGGCCACCAGCAGUACAGGGGUCGUCCCACAACGGCCAGACCCCACCCUGCAUGAACCCUGCCUUGAUGAACGCUCCCUGGCAAUACCACUACCAAGAAGAUGACUCACCGCAUCUUGACCAGGGAUUCCCGCGGCUCACAAACAAGGUGCGCGCCCCUGAGCUGGUGCACGUGUCUGAGAAGAACCUGUCCGAGAUCGAGAAUGUGCACGGCUACGUGUCCCAUUCCCACAUCUCUCCUCUCAAGCCUGCACUGGUUACCCGUUUUGAUCUUGCAUACCCGGGUGUGACCACAGCAAACUACAUGGCCAGUCCUGCUCCAAUAAUCGUCAACACAGACACUUUGGAAUCAGUUCCUUACGUCAAUGGCACAGAAAUUGAAUAUGAGUUUGAGGAAAUUACACUAGAGCGGGGUAACUCAGGUUUGGGCUUUAGCAUUGCUGGAGGGACAGACAAUCCACACAUUGGUGACGACCCUGGCAUCUUCAUCACCAAGAUCAUCCCUGGAGGAGCUGCAUCAGAGGAUGGACGUCUAAGGGUAAAUGACUGCAUCCUGCGCGUAAAUGAUUCAGACGUGUCUGAAGUCUCUCACAGUAAGGCCGUAGAAGCCCUGAAGGUUGCAGGUUCUAUUGUCCGUUUGUACGUGCGGCGCCGGAGGCCAAUGCUAGAGACCAUCAUUGAGAUUAAGCUCAUAAAAGGACCAAAAGGACUUGGCUUCAGUAUUGCAGGUGGAGUUGGAAACCAGCACAUCCCUGGUGACAACAGCAUAUAUGUUACCAAAAUUAUUGAUGGUGGAGCAGCACAGAAGGAUGGCCAGCUACAAGUUGGAGACAGAUUAUUAAUGGUAAACAACUACAGUCUGGAGGAAGUUUCUCAUGAAGAGGCUGUGGCCAUUUUGAAGAACACGUUGGACAUAGUCUACCUAAAAGUGGGAAAGCCGUCCAGUGUCUACCUAUCAGAUCCCUAUGGGCCUCCUGAUAUCACACACUCUUUCUCUCCUGCCAUGGAAAAUCAUAUCUCUUCCCCUAUCAACAGUGGCAAUCUGGAGUACAAGUCGAGUCUACCCCCUAUCUCCCCCGGGAGUUAUUCCCCCCUUCCUAAGCACUUACUGGGGGAAGAAGAUAUAAACAGGUUGGAUGGUUUUUCCUUCCUACGAAAUCCCUCACUAGAUGAUGGGGAGGGACACAGGUUUGAUUCCCAGCACUUCCAGUUGAGGCCUCCUGAGCCAGUUUACAGCACUGUGAACAAACUAUGUGAAAAAGUGCCCUCCCCCCGACACUAUUCCCCUGUGGAGUUUGACAAAAGCCUCCUCCACUCUGCCCCCCUCCCUAGUUAUCACUUAAGCCUGUUUCCCGACUUGGACUUCACCAGGGAACCCAGGAAGGUCGUGCUCCACAAGGGUUCCACAGGCCUGGGCUUCAACAUCGUGGGGGGAGAAGAUGGUGAGGGCAUUUUUGUCUCCUUCAUCCUGGCUGGAGGCCCCGCUGACCUGAGCGGAGAGCUGAGACGUGGUGACCAGAUCUUAUCGGUUAAUGGCAUUGACCUACGAGGAGCUACGCAUGAACAAGCAGCAGCAGCACUGAAAGGAGCAGGACAGGUGGUCACCAUCUUUGCGCAGUACAGACCAGAAGAACUUGCUCUAUGUUCACCCCAGUGGGCCCUCUCUCCUGCACCAGAAUACGAGCGAUUUGAGGCCAAAAUCCAUGACCUGCGUGAACAGAUGAUGAACCAUAGCAUGAGCUCUGGUUCGGGAUCCCUCCGAACCAAUCAGAAGAGAUCGCUCUAUGUGAGGGUGCUAUUUGACUAUGAGAAGUCAAAGGACAGUGGCCUCCCCAGUCAAGGGCUCAGCUUCAGGUAUGGGGACAUACUCCAUGUCAUCAAUGCCUCAGAUGAUGAAUGGUGGCAGGCCCGCCGUGUUACUCCACAUGGAGACAGUGAGGAAAUCGGUGUCAUCCCAAGCAAGAGACGGGUGGAGAGAAAAGAGCGGGCGCGUCUAAAGACUGUGAAAUUCAAUGCCAAGCCAGGGUCAUUUGAUUCAAAAGGGUCAUUCACUGACAAACGUAAAAAGAAUUUCAUCUUUACACGAAAGUUCCCAUUCUACAAGAACAAAGAUGGUGAACAGGAUGGCAGUGAUUCAGACCGGAGUCAAGAUGACGUGAUUCUCUCAUAUGAACCUGUGAUCCGGCAAGAAAUUAAUUAUGCCAGACCUGUCAUAAUUCUCGGACCGAUGAAGGACAGAAUCAACGACGAUCUGAUAUCAGAGUUCCCAGAGAAGUUUGGAUCAUGUGUGCCACCUGCUAACAGUUCAGGUUACCAAGAUACCACGCGGCCAAAGAGGGACUAUGAGAUGGAUGGACGAGACUAUCACUUUGUGAUGUCCAGAGAGCAAAUGGAGAAGGACAUCCAAGAGCACAAGUUCAUUGAGGCGGGACAGUACAAUGAUAAUCUGUAUGGAACAAGUGUCCAGUCUGUGAAAUAUGUGGCUGAGAGGGGUAAACAUUGCAUUCUGGAUGUAUCUGGAAAUGCCAUCAAAAGACUACAAGUAGCACAACUCUAUCCCAUUGCCAUCUUCAUAAAACCGAAGUCUAUUGAUUCUCUAAUGGACAUGAAUAAGAGACUGACAGAGGACCAAGCCAGGAAGACAUUUGACAGGGCUAUGAAGCUGGAACAAGAAUUUGGUGAAUCUUUCACAGCGUUGGUUCAAGGAGACACCUUAGAGGACAUUUAUAACCACUGCAAACAGGUCAUAGAGGAACAUUCAGGACCUUAUAUCUGGAUCCCCUCGAAGGAGAAACUAUAAUAACUCAUCACCCUAAAAGGAGUCUGGACUGCUAGGAACUAGUAAUAAGCUGUAUCAUAAGGUAACUGUGUGGCGAUAAAUAGUCUUCAUAAAUACUUGUUGUGAAUAUGUUUUUUUUUUAUAUUAUUAUUAUUUUCUCUUUGUUUGGUUAUUGCUUCUUUUUCACUCAACAUGAAUGUUCCUGAAUGUAAACCACAUAAUGUUAGAAAAUUUUAGGUCUUUAAUCAUGAACCGUUUGUAUAUUUGUUGAUUUUUUAAAAAUUAUUUAAACAAAAAGGAAAGGAAAUGUAAUGAAAAUGAAAUAAAAUUGGGGUAUGUGUCCACAUCGUUACUGUGUGGGAUUUCAAACGGGAUGUUGGAACGUAGUCAUAUACAGUGCAGAUGUCUUUGCUUUGCCACAGGAGAAAAGGUACUCCAAGUGUGACGCUUUCACACCCGGUUAAUACUGCAAAUCGCAAAAAAUUCAAAUGUCCGAUGCCCAAAGUUUGUUUCUGGUCUUGCAACUGUGCAUACUCUGGACAUCGCUUUGCUCUGUGUGUGUUUUCAUUGUCAUAUCUUCCUUAAAUGACUGUAUUUAUUUAUGUGACGUGACAACGAGCAUUUGUGAGGAAAAUGGUUUUUCACCCAGGGUCUUUUGUGUUUAAUUUUUUUGUUUUAUUUCAAGAAAGACACUAAUCAUCUAGCCAUUGCAUUGACAAUGAUGAGUAAGGAGACAGAGCUGCUAUAGGCAACAGAAAUGUAACAUUAUAUUUUGCUACUUAAUUGCUAGAGGGCACAAAAGCACACAGUCAUUUAUUAUUGAGAAUAUAACUUUGAUUAAAGGGUCAUUUACAGAGCAUA